CUUAUACUCAUUACGACUCACUAAUACCCUCAUUACGAUUUACGACUCACUAAUACCCUCAUUACGAUUUACGACUCACUUAUACCCUCAUUUAUUCAAUGGUUUUUUUCAUUUUCUUAUUCGGUUUCAUCUUCAUUUAUAUUCGGUUUAAUAAAAGUUAUUGUAUAAUGCCGCAUGCCAGUCUUCCACACGUAGAACAAUUGCAACAAUCGAAUUGGCUUUGCGUAAAGCGUUACGGCCGUAUUAUCGCCGAGCCGCGAGAAACAAAAAGGGUUUGUCCGAAUGAUAACGGUAGCAUUGCAAAUUUCAUUGCAAAUUUCAUUGCAACUUCGCCCAUGGUAUAUUUACAAAUCGUAUAAGUAUUGGAAAGGUAUUGUGGUAUUGUAAGGGCA